AGGUGGUCCGGGCCUUGACCUCCCUCCUCCGCGAGCCCGCGCGCGGGCGCCCCUCGGACAGGAGCGCCGGCCCGCCCGCGGUCACCGAUGCCCAGGCUGGACGACCACUGCUGGAGCUGUUCCUGCGCCCAGGGCGCCAGGCACCGAGGCCGCCUGGCAGCCGGGGCCGGAGGGCUGGCGGCCAAAGUGGGUGACAUGCUGAGCCCCGCCGCGCUGGCGGCCCGCCGGGGCCCGGACCCCGACCCCGCGCCCGCCCGCGGGCCUCGCAGCCCCGGGGCGGGGGGUCGCGGCGCCGGCGGCGGCCCCCCCGGCAGCUGGCACCACCACCUGGUGCAGCGGAGCCUGGUGCUGUUCUCGGUGGGGGUCGUGCUGGCCCUGGUGCUCAACCUGCUGCAGGUGCAGCGGAACGUCACCCUGUUCCCCGAGGAGGUCAUCGCCACCAUCUUCUCGUCGGCCUGGUGGGUGCCCCCGUGCUGCGGGACGGCGGCCGCUGUCGUGGGCUUGCUGUACCCCUGCAUUGACAGUCACCUGGGCGAGCCGCACAAGUUUAAGCGGGAGUGGGCCAGUGUGAUGCGCUGUGUGGCCGUCUUCGUUGGCAUCAACCACGCCAGCGCUAAGUUGGAUUUUGCCAAUAAUGUCCAGCUCUCCCUGACGUUAGCGGCCCUGUCUUUGGGCCUCUGGUGGACAUUCGACCGUUCAAGAAGUGGCCUUGGUCUUGGGAUCACCAUCGCCUUCCUGGCCACGCUGAUCACCCAGCUGCUGGUGUACAAUGGUGUCUAUCAGUACACGUCCCCAGACUUCCUCUACAUUCGCUCCUGGCUGCCGUGUAUCUUCUUCUCGGGAGGCGUCACCGUGGGCAACAUCGGCCGGCAGCUGGCCAUGGGGCUUCCCGAAAAGCCACACAGCGACUGAGUCUUCAGACGCACCGGAGAAGAGCGUGAUUUGGGAAGAAAGUCUGUGACAUUGGAUUGUGACAAAGAUUUGUCUUUUUUCCUCAGUGAUCCAUUGAGAAGGGGCUGACUGUCCCCGUGACUCCCGGAAAAAUAACUCACCUGUCCUAGAGUAGCACGCGGAGAAGAGCUGCUUCUCUCGAAAGGGCACUUGCUUGAUGCGCCCGUGCCCGAGUCCGCUCCGGAGACGCGCCCCCAGGCGGGCGAGGGAGUGCUGGCAGGCACGGCUUCCCGAGUAUUCGAUCUCCUUUACGUUAUUAAAAGCAGGUUGCCAUGUUUCAAAGCCUUUAACUAAAGCCUAAUUACCAGCUGUUGGUUUUGUAUUGCUGCCCACAGGGGAUAGAGCUCGAUGGUGCUUAACAAAGGUGAGGUGUGGAAAAAUAGGAAUAUUUAUCCAAAAGUUUU